GUCACAAUUUAUAUUAGUAGUUUUAAAUUCAUGAUAGUAAUUAAAAUUUUAGUUUCUAAUUCAAAUAUAGUUUUAAACUAAUGAUAGUAAUUAAUUAUAGCUUAUGAAUUAUUCAGUAAAAUAUAUUUUUUAUUUAUUUAACUGACUAUAAAUUAGAAUCAAGAUAAGUUUUUGUUUUCUUAUAUAAUUUUGAUCUAUUCGCAAAAAAUAUAUUAUGAAAUAAAUAUUGAACUAUAUAUUGCAAUAAAUUAGUUAUGUUCUUAUAAUUUAAUUUUUUUAAUUUAAUUUUUUUUUUCAUAAAUUUCAACAUAUAAAGUUUUCAUCUUAAUCAUAUAAAAUAUCUAUGCGCUAUUAAUUAAGUUUUGUUAUCAACAAAAUUAUAUUUUGAUUUAAUUUAGAUUUUUUGGUCACAAUUUAUGUUAUUAGUUUAAAACUCCUAAUAAUAGUUGAAAUUUUAGAUUUUGAAUGAAAAUAACUUUUAUUUAUAUACUAUUUUUUCUAUAACUGACAAAUAGAUGAUAAUGUGAAGAUUUAAAUACAUAUAAUUUUAAUUAGUCAUUUUCUCAGGAAUCUUACCUGUUAUUUAGAAAAGAUGUAAUUUUAAAAUUAAAAUCUUCAUAAAGUUCAAAAAAUAACAAAAUUUUCAUCCUUAUCAUAAAAUAUACUUUUUGUUAUUACUCAAUAGAACAAUUAAUAAUUAUUAAUUAAGCAAAUAUGUUUUAUCAACAAAUUUGGUUUAUAAGUUAUUUUGUGUUUUGAAGAUUAUUUGGUUAUAUUUUAUGGUAAUAGAUCUUAGCACAUAACAAAUAUUUAAAGCUUUAGCUUAUACUUCAAAAAGAGAAAAAGAUUAUUGUGUGCACAAUUUGUUUUAUAUUCCUAUCACACACACACACACACGCAUAUAUAUACAUAAAGCUUUUCACUUUGUUUAUAUAUGUAUUAGGGUGGGGAAAAAAAUAGAUGACAACGGUGAAGCUUCCGUGGGAUAUGGAGGUAGAGAUACUCUCUUGGCUUCCACCUCGAUCUCUUGUUGGGUUCCGAGCCGUGUGCAAAAAAUGGAACUCUCUUCUCAAUGACAAGAGUUUUCUCAACCAGCACUCGUCUAGAUCUCGUCCCCAGUUCAUUUUCUUAACUAAAUUGAAGACUUACUCGAUUGACGUUGACCUCGGCGGCGCAGGAGUUGGUCCAACGAUAAAGAUGUGUGAGGUAGCAUCUGAUUUUCCUUGUCAACCUAUGGAUUGGGAAAAUAUUAAUGUCGCAUCUUGCGACGGAUUACUGUUUCGUGAAUUUUUGAGGAAAGGCGUAGCUGUCUGGAAUCCUUGGUUGAAACAUAUGGGGUUGAUAGAGUUCAAGGAAAAAGAUUUUUAUUUUGGAGGGGUAGGAUACGAUAGUAAGAGACCCGAAAAAGGUUACCAGAUCUUGGGUUAUUUUUGUAGAGUCGACGACACUUGCAAAAAAGGUUACGAUGAAUUUGCGGUUUACGAGUGUGCUUCUAAGACGUUUAAAUUUAUUGACUCUCCUUUCAGGAAGUGGUCUCUGUGGUCCGCCAUCACUGAGGCGGCUGCCCCUUUGUCUUUGGAGGGAAAUUUGUUUUGGAUUGGUUACUGUGACGAGAUACGUGAAAGUACCAUCCAAAGCUUUAGUUUUUCCAGAGGUAUAUUCAUCAAAAAGUUUUGCAUGCUGCCUUGUGAGAAAGUUUUUUAUGUCAAUAAACUUGUCCUAGCUAUUUAUAAGGGAGAUCGGUUAUCGUUGCUAAAUCAACGCUACGCAACAGGAAAGAUUGAGAUUUGGGUGACAAAGGAUAAGAUUGAUGAUAGAGCGCAAGUGGUGUGGGUAAACUUGAUGAAUUUUUCAACAACUAACUUACCAAGGCUAAAAGAUGAAUAUUAUGGCGUUAGGUAUUUUAUUAUUGACAAAACCAUAAUAAUGUGUUACGAGAACAGUCAAACUGGAGCGGCUUGCAUCUACAUUGUGAGUGGAGAUAUGUUCAAGAAGAUUCCAAUAGAUUAUGGGAAUGUUCUUGAGUGUUACUACCGUGUCUAUUUUCCAAAUUUGAUCCGGCUUCCUUUAGAAUUCAGACGAUCGCUGGAAAUUUAAAAUUGUUUUUGCUUGUUUUUAAAUUUUUAUUUAUCUCAAAUCUUAUCUCAUAAAAACAUUGGCUUAAUAUUAAAGUUAAAUUACAAUAAAAAAUUACAAUUUGGUGCUGUUUGCAGUAAAAAAAUAUGUAGUAUAAAUUAUAGAUGUAGAUAUAAGAUAUUGAGUUCAUAUUUUUGGUAGUUGAUGUUGUUAACUUCAAUUUAUUUAACGGCUGUGACAAUGCAUACGAAUCAUGCAUCACCAAACGGAUGUAGUUGGGUUUAGCUCAUUAAGACUUAAGUGUUAGUUUUAUAAAGACAAGGAAAACAUGAAUGUUUUCAAAAAAAAAUUAAAACAUGGAAGGUUGCAGGAAGCUUGAUUCGUCAAAUUGAAAAGAAAGUAACAUAUAGGAUCUUUGUGUAAGGAUACCGAUCAAAACUUCAAAGGGUUUCGUUUAAUAAGUCAAGCAAAAAAAAUAAAAUUUUACCAAAAAGUAGCCAAGCAAAAAGGUUGGAAGAGGGAAAACCUCAAGAAGCUCAAAUUUGUGUUAAUUUAAAUUUUUUUUAUCAUUUCACAUAAAUCACAUCAACAACAGUAAAAAACGUUUUUGUCAAAACAACACAGAGGAAAAUCCCAAAAAGUAAUAUAUUUUUAAACUAAAUUACCAUAAAUGAUUAAUCAUAAUUUUAGUUCAACUUCUCAAUACUAAUCUUAAGUUCUAAAAGAUUGUAUAAUUUAUUGUUUACAUAGUUUACGCAAUUUUUUAACUAUUCAUUUAUUUAAUUAAUUUUGUAAUUAUAAAUAUGAGGAUGUCUUAUUUUAUUUUUAAAUAUGCUAUUUUAGUAAAUUUUCUAUUUGUGUAUUGUUUUACGAAGAAUAAGAAAACACGUUUAAAUCGACUCCAGCUUAAGUGUUAUUAAAAAAAUGGUUUUAAUACAGUAUUUGUUACCUAAGUCAGAAAAAUAAUAUUUUUAAUAUAAACUCUUGUUUUUUUUAUUCUGACAAAAGUUUCAAACGUUAACUAUAUUUUAAUAAUUUUAUAAAUAGAGCAUGAAUAGUUGAAACUAAUAAAAUAUGCCACUAAUUAUAUUUUCAAAAAGAAAACUGAAUGCUAUAAGCCAGGUUUUUAUAUCUAAAUUAGUAGUGAGACAUGACUUUGUAGAUGAUGCA